ACAUUUAAUAUGGCGCUAGGUUCGGCCGCGCGGUCUGCAUUUAUGUCAACCCCGUUGAUGAUUGGUCUUCAUCGACUUAUUUAGGUCCUCAUACUUUGAUCUCUACAGUUAUGUGUUCCAAAUGUGGAAAUACUACACGCCUUAUUUGCAUGUUGGCACUUGUUGCUAUCUAUUUCUUUGUGGAGCUUAUCGUGGGCUACGUUGUCAAUUCCGUAGCUCUGGUAGCGGACGCUUUUCAUAUGCUCUCAGACUUCAUGGCACUCGUUGUUGGGAUAGUUGCUGCACGCAUAGCUAAAUGGCCAAGUUCCUCAAAAAACACAUUUGGCUGGCAAAGAGCGGAGGUUAUGGGGGGACUGAUUAAUACCGUCAUGCUCAUCACUCUGUGUUGUACUAUUCUACUACAGGCGAUUCAGCGAUUUAUAACUACGGAACCGAUUGAGAAUCCGCGCCUAAUGAUUUACGUUGGUGCCGGUGGCCUUUUGGUUAACAUCUUAGGCAUGCUGGUCCUUGGUGUCCAUUCCCACGGUGGUGCGAAGGGCCCAAUCAGUGUAACUGAAGAGGAAGUUUCGGAGUUUGCAACUAUGGAGGCCCCGCUGAAGCCAGACGCAAAGGCCAACCUGUACAAACAACAUCUGAAUUUAGACGACCAUUUAGUUUUGGAUAGUCGCGUGGGUUCCCUACAUACUGAAGAACAACGGGUCUUGCCUCUCAACGCCAGUACGGUUACUCCCACCACUGCAGUUGAACCCGGAAGGUCCAAGCAAGGCAAACAUACGGGAUCGGUGAACAUGCGAGCUGUGUUCCUUCACGUGUUGGCCGAUUUCUUUGGUUCCAUCAUUGUUGUUGUCAGUGCGCUUCUUCUAGCAUUUGCACCAGGUGACGUGAAAACCGAUGGGGUGUGGAAACUUUAUGUUGAUCCAUCUAUGAGUGUGCUCAUGGUUGUGAUCAUUCUGGCUUCUGCAGUGCCUUUAAUGUGCAAAGCGGCCCUCAUUUUAUUGCAGUCAGUACCAAAUGAGAUCUCCUUGAAAAAUUUGAAAGCUCGCCUCGAAAUGAUUGAUGGAAUCCAUGAAGUUCACGAUCUUCAUGUUUGGAGGCUACAAAGCAAUUGUAUCAUCGGUACGGUACAUAUCAGAUGCAGAAGCCUACCUGAUUAUUUGAAGAUCGCUCACAAAGUUAAGGAGCUGUUCCACGAUUUCGAUAUACACUGCAGCACGAUCCAACCGGAGUUCGAGGAAUAUUCAGAAGAAAAGGAGCCCGACGAAAUUGACUACGGUAAAUGCGUUUUGGACUGCGGACCAAACAAAAACUGCCAAUCGGAUACCUGUUGCCCAGCUCCGGUUAGCGCCUCUUCUGUCACGGGACCAGCAGGUGCCAUGCAACCUGUGGUUGUGAACAAAUUCACUGCAGCAGAGCCGGCAAUCGUCAAGUCUUUGGUGUCUCCCAACUCGACUCCAGGUAACGGGUUGUUAAACAACCUGCACCCCUCCUAUCCAACCAAUAGCAGAAUAUCCAAUGAGGCUCGCAUUCCGGUGACUUUCGACUCAGGGCGGUCGACGGCAGAUGUGUGAUCAGCGACGAUUCUCGAUCUACAGCUAAUCGAUCUCAUUACAUGAUGGUUUUGCAAGCGAUCAUGGUCCCGCCCUCAUUUUCGACACAGGCCUCACAUUCGCCAUGGCACGUGUACUUUAACUUUUCUGCGCGAUGUGUAACGAAAGCCACGUGUCGAUGCACAGCUGCAAUGGGAACUUCUCCCUAUCGUUUCCAAUUUCUCAGGAUAUGUGUUCUUCAACACAGCCUGCUCAACCGUUUCCGGCUACAGCAAUUCGAUGGGAUAUGAUCCCAUGCAUGAUGUUGCGCUCACCCGCUCUCCACUCCCUGUGCCUUUAUGCGCCACAUCUCCAUUUCACUUAUUAAACUCUGAUCAUUGUCAAUAUGCAAUACGUCUACAAACGCCGUCUUUUUUGUCAUCGCACUGAAUCACAAUCAGCGCUUGGCGUGUUAUCGUCACUGCAAGAUUUACUUUACUCUUGUUCACUCGGCUUCGUUCGUUUCGUCGUUCAUUUCCUUCGUUUCCUUUAUGGGUCUCACAUCCCCCACAAUACUAUGCUCCGUUAAAUUUGACCACUGAAUCCUAGUUUUUACAGUCUACACCUGUUAAUGAUUGGGGCAUUUAUCAGUGCCUUAUUCUAUAGGCCUAGAUCUCGGAAAGCUUUUCCGUCAAACUUCUCUACGUGGACAUUUUCCACUACACAAGCAAAUGGAUAAAACUUUCCACUGUUUUUCCUAGGCUGAAACCUGCUGUCCCCAAAACCCAUAGAUGGCAGUCAAACUGUUUCUACAUUUUCUUACUUCAGUCUCGGACGAAAGUAAUUUCAUUUGCACU